UCGCUGUCCCCUUCUUUCUCCCAGACGGACCCUGCCCUUCUCCCUUCCGUCGGCCGGCCUGAGCGUUCUGUGGCGGAGGACAGAGACUCUUGACAAUGGGAAGCUCCCUCAGCGGCCUGCGAGGCUGACACCCCACGUCCCCCGUGCCCCCCCCCCCGCCCCGCGCCGCGGCCCGGUAUCUACUUCAAGCGGCCUCUGUGUCCCCUCUGAAUAUCCCUCACUAUGGCGAAGCGCGAGACCGGCAGCACCAGCCCCGUGGUCAGGCAGAUAGACAAGCAGUUCCUGGUCUGCAGCAUUUGCUUGGAUCACUAUCACAACCCCAAGGUCCUGCCCUGCCUGCACACCUUCUGUGAGAAAUGCCUUCAGAACUACAUCCCCCCGCAGUCAUUGACGCUGUCCUGUCCAGUAUGCAGACAGACCUCUAUCUUGCCAGAGAAGGGUGUGGCAGCCCUGCAGAACAAUUUCUUCAUCACAAACCUAAUGGAGGUGUUACAGCGAGACCCGGAGUGCAGCCGACCCGAGGCCUGUAAUGUUCUGGAGUCGGCCAGCGCAGCUACGGCCUGUCAGCCGCUCUCUUGCCCCAACCACGAGGGCAAGGUGAUGGAGUUUUACUGCGAGUCAUGCGAAACCGCCAUGUGUCUGGAGUGUACAGAAGGAGAACACAGGGAACACGUGACGGUUCCGCUGAGGGACGUGCUGGAACAGCACAAGUCGGCGCUGAAAAACCAGUUGGAUGCUGUGCGCAACAGACUACCUCAGCUGACUGCUGCAAUCGAGCUGGUGAACGAGAUCUCCAAGCAGCUUACAGAGCGGAAAAACGAGGCAGUGACUGAGAUCAGUAGCACUUUCGACGAGCUGGAGAAGGCUCUGCACCAACGCAAGACCGCUCUGAUCACCGAGGUUGAGAACAUCUGCAGCACUAAGCAGAAGGUUCUCCAAGCCCAGCUGACCUCUCUGCUUCAGGGCAAAGAGAACAUUCAAAGCAGCUGUAAUUUCACAGAGCAGGCCCUGAGCCAUGGCAGCGCCACCGAGGUCCUGUUGGUCCAGAAGCAGAUGGGUGAGCGGGUCAGCGCGCUGGCACGCCACACCUUUCCUGAGCAUCCCCACGAAAACGGACACCUGGAAUGCCAGGUGGAGACCGAUGGACUGAGGCGCUCCAUUCAGAACCUGGGCGUCCUGAUCACGACCGGGACUGUAGGCCACACCAGCGUCGCCACCGGCGAAGGUCUUCGGCACACGCUGGUCGGCCAGCACACCACUGUCACAGUCACCACGAAGGACAAGGACGGGGAGCUGGUGAAGACCGGCAACGCCGCUCUGAGGGCGGAGAUCGUCUCUGCCGACGGAGUGUGCACCGAAGCGGAGGUGGUGGACAACAAGAACGGCACCUACGAGGUCGGUUACACCAUGCGCUCCGAGGGAGAAUUCACCUUCUCCCUGCUGCUGUACGAGCAACCGGUGAGGGGGAGUCCGUUCCGACUGCGCGCCGUCAAGCCGUCAGACGUCCUGCAGUCGCCAGACGACGUGAAGAGGAGAGUGAAAUCUCCGAGCGGAGGAGGAGGUCACGUUAGACAGAAAGCUGUGCGCAGACCCUCCAGCAUGUACAGCACCACCAAGAAAAAGGAAAACCCCAUCGAGGAUGAGCUGAUCUACAGAGUGGGAACAAGAGGGCGAGAUAAAGGAGAGUUCACUAACCUACAAGGCAUCUCCACCUCCAGUAAUGGACGGAUUGUUGUGGCAGACAGCAACAACCAGUGUAUACAGGUAUUCUCAAAUGAUGGCCUGUUUAAGAUGCGGUUUGGGGUCAGAGGUCGUUCCCCUGGGCAGUUGCAGAGGCCCACCGGGGUCACGGUGGACGUGAAUGGCGACAUAAUUGUUGCUGAUUACGAUAACCGAUGGAUCAGCAUCUUCUCCUCCGAUGGCAAGUUCAAGAGCAAAAUCGGAGCAGGGAGACUGAUGGGGCCCAAAGGUGUGGCCGUGGAUAAGAAUGGACAUAUCAUCACGGUAGAUAAUAAGGCCUGCUGUGUCUUCAUCUUCCAAUCAAACGGGAAGCUGGUGACAAAGUUUGGAGCCAGAGGAACAUCAGACAGACACUUUGCAGAAAAAAGUGGUGCAAACAUUGCACUGGAACAAAAGCUCAGUAAAUCUGGCCCUGUUUUCAGUCCUCACUUUGUGGCCGUAAAUAACAAAAAUGAAAUUGUGGUAACAGACUUUCAUAACCAUUCAGUAAAGGUGUACAACGCAGAUGGGGAGUUCCUCUUUAAAUUCGGCUCCCACGGAGAAGGGAACGGCCAGUUCAAUGCUCCCACAGGCGUUGCUGUGGAUGCCAACGGAAAUAUCAUUGUUGCUGACUGGGGCAACAGUCGUAUCCAGGUGUUCGACAGCUCCGGGUCCUUCCUGUCCUAUAUCAACACAUCGGCGGACCCCCUGUACGGCCCUCAGGGGCUGGCCCUCACAUCUGAUGGGCAUGUGGCGGUGGCGGACUCUGGGAACCACUGCUUCAAAGUCUACCGCUACCUGCAGUAGACCGCCGCCUCGGCCACUGCAAGCACUGACAACGACCCCACCAAUGUUCUCCACCGGGUGCGAACUAAUUAGUUUAACCCCCGUUUGAUGUGUAUUGAAGGUUGUUUGUAAAGUUGGAUAAUGUAGCAUCCUUCAGACAAGUAAUGGAAUUCAAGCUAUGGACAGCUUUUGUCCAAAGGCAUUUUUUGUGCAUUGUACGCUGUUGAUGGUAUUAUUCAACCACAUUUUCUGUGAGACCGGACAGGGUAGGAUAUAGGUUGAAGUAUUUAAAGAGCCAUAACUUGUCCAAAUGCAUGAAGUUUUAUUUUAUCUUAAUGACUAGGCAAUGACACAGUGUACUUAUCGGUUGCUUUUCUCACAAACUAGUUAAUGCUUGCAGUGAAAUGAACAGCGCUUCUCCAGCAAUGAAAUGUAAAAUUUCUCAGUUAUUGACAUCUCCCAUAAACAAAAGUCAUCACCAUCUGUGCAUUGAUUUGCUGUAUGUACUGUAUAUACAUAAAUGUAUAUUGUGUAUAUUAGAUCACGCCCUAUGUAUGUGCUAUGAUUUUAAAACACAGCCUUUUGGCUAUUCAGAGAGCAGCAGUUUAGGUUUUCAGGAUGUUAAGCCGCUGUUUAAAAGUGUUUUUUGAAGAGUGUCAUAUUUAUUGCUAAUGUAAGCAGCACAAUAAUCUUUUUUGUUAAUAUAUGUUGUUUUAAAAGGAAAAAAAUAAAGACAAAAACAUAAUUUAAAUUUAAAUUUUUUUAUACACUAGCACAGCAUUUACAAAUUAUUUUUCUAAAUUGAUGUGCUUUUUUUCUUUGGAGGUUCGCACCUUAAAACAGAAUUCAGUGCCCCAACCCCAACUACCCCCCCGCCCCUCUUGCACAAAAGGAAAAUGUUGAUCAGUGUUUGUGCACUCCGGCAGCUCUUUCUCAAAGCCAUAAACCCAUCUUUGUUUGGGAUGUUUUACAAAAAGGUUUUCUAUUUAACGUUUAUGGCUGAGGAAAUGUGCUCAUAGCUUUUGAUAAUUAAAGAGCUUUAUUCAACAGUUAUAAACCAGAAUGAAGACUUUUCUCAGGAACUACAUCCAAAUUCGAUUAGCACCUCAAUGGAACAAUUUGACACGUUCUUUUUUUUUUUCAUGUAUCCGCUUUCAAUGGUGUGAGAAAAUUGUUAAUUUGUGAAAAUAAGUCUAAAAUCUAAAACCAUGAAAUUGACCCAGAGGGCAUAUGAAUUCUGUUUUACAGUGUUUUCUCUUCUUUUUGGCCUUUACAUACAGUAGGAAACAGUUUGAUACAUAUUUGAUAGUUCAUUAGAUGACAUUUGUCAGCAAACUCUUUUCUGCCUGAGAAUUCACUCAAAUAUGAUACUGUUGUUUGAUAACGUUAUUUCUGAGUUUCUGCCUGCGCGACAUCAAGCCAUGAGCGACUGAAGAAGCUGCGUCGGCAGGGCGGAGGCCGCUCUCGCGCCCCCUUGUGUUAGUUCUUCGUAACGUCCAAAGGAAAGCGAGUGCCGCAGCAAAAGUGUGAGAAAAGGGCGACUUCCUGGUUUGCACUGUGCUCUACACCCAAACUCCCAACAUUCACCUCCCUGAGGCAGUGAUGUCCCGAUCAACAGGAUGUGACCCGACUCACCCGUUGAGUCAGCCAGGAUGCUCUAGUUCUUCAUGCACCUGAUCUGUUGUUUGACUUGUUGCCAAACGGAAUGCCAGACAUCUCUAGAGAGACAAAGGCUCACCUUUGGUCUCUGAAGCAUUUUACACUGCGCUCUGUCUCACCAAUACACAUUUGGAUUUCUCUAUGGAUAUGCACUGGUAAUAAAAGCACAUGGUUUACUGAA